AUGGCACGCUUUCGUACUCGUGCCCGCACCAUUACAUGUAUCCAGUGCUACGCUCCCACUGAAUUAGCUGAACCAGCGGUGAAGGAGGAUUUUUACAGCCAUCUAUCCAGAGUAAUUUCAACGGCAAACCACGGGGACAUAUUGCUAAAGAUGGGCGACUUCAAUGCUCAAGUGGGCGCAGACAACACUAACCGUGAAACAGCCAUGGGCUGUCAUGGCUUGGGAAGAAUGACCGAAAACGGCGAGAUGUUAACUGAAUCGUGUAUAGCUAACAAUUUGUUAAUUGGCGGCACAAUCUUCCCUCACAAGAGAAUACCUGACCACCACACUGAGAACCAAAUUUAUCAUAUAGCUAUCAGCACAACAUGGCGUGCAUCUCUUAUCGAUGUACGAAAUAAGCGUGCUGCGGACUGCUCGAGUGACCAUCAUCUUCUCAUAGGAACCAUCCAACUUAAGGUAGCAGCUGUAAGAAAGGGAAAACGUGCUCAUAAAAGAUUCGACGUUCAAAAGCUGUCCAAUCUAAACAUUAAAACCGCAUAUUCACAAGCCUUAAGAUGCUCCUUAUCUAAUAACGAACUUCCGCUUGAUGAAUUUACGAACGUGAGGAACAUUUUUUGCAACGCAGCAGAAAACCAUAUUGGCUACAAAAAUCCAGAACGAAGGAAAUGGAUAUCUGAUGACACCUGGAACAUCAUCAGCAACAGAAAGGAUAUGGAGGCACAAUUAAACACUGCAAGGGCCAGAACGGAGAAGUCUAUACUCCAAUACAAUUAUAAUUUAAUCGACAAAGCAGUUAAACGUAGUGCUCGGACAGACAAACGUCGAUGGAUAGAGGGGUUUACUUCAGAGGCGCAAGCAGCAGCCGAAACUAACAGAAGCCGCGACUUGUACAAAAUCACCAAGAAACUAUCAAACAGAAAAUCCUCAUCAUCUAAACCUUUGAAAAAUCGUAACGGGGAACUUAUAACCUCAAAAUCCGCCCAACUUGAUAUCUGGGUACAACAUUACUCUGGUUUACUGUCAGUGGAUAAUAGUUCUACAGAACCAUUGUGCUUCUGCAACAGUCACACCGAACGAGACGACAUAAUAACAACCGCUCCCGUAACUGCUGAAAUAGCGAACGCAAUUCUUAGCCUCAAACAGCACAAGGCCCCAGGAUCUGAUAAUAUCAACCCUGAACUUCUGAAAGCUGAUCCAAAUACAAGAGCCCUCUUGAUUCAUAAAAUUGUGCAAAACUUAUGGGAUCGCAAUGAAAUCUGCGAAGAUUUAAAAGAAGGUAUGAUUAUCAACAUACCGAAAAAAGGUGAUCUCACCGAAUGUAAGAACAGGAGAGGCAUAACACUUCUAAGCAUGAUCAACAAAGUCAUUGCAAACAUCGUCCACAAUCGAUUAUCUGAUUCCCUCGAUCAAGAAUUCAGAUGCGAACAGGCGGGAUUAAGAGCAUAA